AUGGCUACGUCUAUGCACUUAUCUCGACUCCGGAAAUGGUUCCUUGCAUCGCCUCCGAUCGAAUUCGCUCUCUCGAACCUUCGCGAGCUGCUGGUUGGGGCGCUUCGGCAGGGCCCCGUUCCACAACAUGUUGCAUUCGUAAUGGACGGUAAUCGGAGAUUUGCCAGGACGCAUGGUAUUGAGACGGUGGAGGGCCAUAAUUUGGGGUUUGAGUCUCUGGCACGGGUCCUUGAAGUUUGCUACAAAAGCGGAGUAAAAGUGGUCACCAUCUAUGCCUUCAGUAUUGAGAACUUUAAGCGUUCGAAAUUCGAGGUGGACGCUCUGAUGGAAAUGGCCAAGGUUAAGCUAUCCCAGAUGGCGCAGCAUGGAGACCUUCUCGACCGUUAUGGAGCCAAGGUUCGCGUGUUGGGUCGACUCGACUUGCUCAAGCAGGAUGUUCUUGAUGCAGUUAAUCGGUCAGUGGACAUGACGAGUCGUAACGGUGACCGAGUGUUGAACAUAUGUUUCCCGUAUACAUCGCGGGAUGAAAUUACAAGUGCCGUCCGAGAUACUGUUGCCGACUACAGCACGCCUCUCGAAUCAACCCGCUCAUCGUCUAAUACGCCACGAACACCGUUUUCAGAGUCUCAUAUCGCUCUCAACAUCCGAGCCCAGUCAAACAACACAAAAUCGCAAGAUACUCACAGUGAUGCCGAAUCAGUUUCGGGGUCUUCGAGCCACGGUGAUGACGGGGCUAGCAAGAAUAGCCCAAACAAGGUCUAUGAGUCAGGUUCUUCCUUCUCUUCCUCUACAACCCUUCACCUUGGUGGGCAUCCCGAUGCCCAUUCUGGAAAAUCUUCGCCCCCGGAAAAUAAUGCCGAUACGGAAAAGCCGGUUUUCGUUUCACCAGAAACAAUCACUCGCCAAACAUUAGAAGAUCACUUGUUCACCAAAGAUAAUCCGCCUCUGGAUCUGCUCAUCCGUACGUCUGCGGUGGAACGUCUAAGUGAUUUUAUGCUCUGGCAAUGUCAUGAGAACACGGAGAUUGUUUUCUUGGAUGUUCUGUGGCCUGAAUUCGAUCUGUGGCAUUUCCUCCCAGUUCUCCUGGGAUGGCAGAGACGGAUCUCAAAGUCGAUGAAGAACCCCGACGCCGAGGGAAAUUUUGCUGGUGACACCCCCGAAUCUGGGGAAGAUGAAGCAGACGGAACGAUGCUUCAUCAGUACGCAAAGCCCAAAGCAUUGUAA